AUGAAGGCCAAUGGGACUAAUAAUGGCUGUAGCCGCCUGAAUACUCCGCUAGCAGCAACUAGCACGCUGGAGGACCCGGGAACACCGGCGUCCUGGAAAGGACCACCGCCCGGAUCGGAGGCCUCACCAUUUACACCAAACUCUGUGGGCCCAGGUGGGAGCGGCGGUCCACCUUCGGGGCCGUAUAAUAGUUCGGGUGGGCCAACAAGCAAUGCGGGUGGUUUCCAAGGGCCUGGCUCAUUUCCCGGUGGAGCAGGAAGUCCAGCAGGUGCGCCACCUUAUCAAGGUCCACCGCCAGGUUCGGGGACACCUCAGUGUACAGCAUCACCGGCGCCGAGUGGCUCGUCGACACCUGGCCCCGGACCACCGCCCAAUCAGGGAGGUUUUCAACCACCCCAGAAUAACACCGGUCCAGGAUACAACGGACCAGGACCAGGACCCAGUCCCUUUGGUUCGCCAUCCGGCGGUCCCCCACAGUUCGUCAGUAGGCCAGGAUCUUCUGGACCACCUUUUGUGCCACCCGGAGGUGGUAAUCCUCACUUCCCUUCCCCGGGACAAGCCUUUGGUGGACCUCAGUAUGGUAUGCCACCUGGAAGUCCUUUCGGACCCGGCGGACAUCCGAUGGGUGGACCAAUGGGACCGGGACAUCCGGCGAUGAUGGGGCCUGGGGACAGAAUCGAUCAAGGCUUAUUCAAUGCUUUUCGAGUGCGAUCUGCUCGUCCUGAGAUGGUCAUUUUCUACCUCGUGCUAGUGAAUUUGAUAAAAAUCCGAAUAUUUCAAAAUCCCUGCGGAAUCCUCACUGAAGUAAUUUGUGAUUAUUCUGGAUCAUCGUGAACUGGUUUCUCAGCACCUGGAGUAUUAUCGUUGGUUCUUGGGACGCCCUGUAUACUCGGUCUGUUGAGGGGCAAAUAUUUCCGUAGUCACCAAAAAUCGUUGCAAUUUAUCCAAACAUGUGUCUCUCAAUUCAAAUUUUCGUUUCUU